UCUAGUAGUUGAAGACGAAGACAUAAUAAUAUUAUUUAUAAUCUUUUUUCUCUUAGCCGUGAUCGGUCCACUGCACUGCACAUGAUUUAAAUUUUGGCACGAAAUUCAACAUGACAUUGCUUGCACAUGCGCAAAUAGAGGAACGAAUUGGACAAAUUAUCGCCACCUGUUAUCUGUGCUUUAGCACGGUGCUUUAGCAAGCUUUAGUGACAUCUAAGUAGUAAUGUCUACAGUUAAAAAGAAAUUUAGUUCAGUCUUAUAUGUAUAGAUGUCACCACCAAGGGGACGAUAUGACACUUGACAAUAUGUCAUAAAUAUUCUAAACUGUGAUCAAAUAAGUAGCAAGUAGGGUAAAGUGAAAUUAUUAGAUAUUAGAAUAUAAAUAAUUUAAAAUACACCUCCAAUAACUACAAAUAUUUAACCUUUUUACACUUCGAAGAUAUCCUAAUAUUAAUAUAAAUACAAGUUCCUAUAAUUUGAUUAUAGUGAUUCUUAUAAUAAGAUAUUUUCAUGUGUUUCAAUUUUUUAACAGUGGCAAAUGGCAACCUUACAGUCUAUGUUGGUAAAAGCUGAAAUUAAGGAUGAGUUUGAAGAUGACUCAAGCUCUAGACAUUGUAUAAAAAGUGAGCCUUCUACCUCCCAUGAUCUGGGAGACUUGAGGAUUGAACCAGAAACUGUCUCAGCAGUAAAAGCUGAAGCUGAAAUUAAGGACAAGUUUCUUGUAGAUGACUCAAGGGAUAUAAAAAGUCAGCCAUUGACAUCCUUUUAUCUGGGAGGCUCGGGGAAUGAACCAGAUGCUAAACCAGCAGUAAAAGCUGAAAUUAAGGAUGAGUUUUUUGAAGACGACACAAGAUAUAUAGAGAGUCAGUUAUCUACAUCCCUGGAUCUAGGAGAGCUGAAGAAUGAAGCAGAUGAGGAUAACUCAGACUUUCUAGAUGAAAAGAACACAUCAGAAAUUAUGAAAAUAAAAUCGGUACAUUCAUGUAAUAAGGAACAACGCAUGGGCCGGUCUGUUGAAGAAAAAACAUUAAAACGUGAAAUUUGUUUUAAGCAACUUGACCAUAGAAGGUCCUUAAACAAAUACAGGAUAGCUCACACAGGAGAAAAACCUUAUGGGUGCCAAAUUUGUUUUAAGAGGUUUUCUCAAAAAAGUAAUCUGAAUACACAUUCGAGAUUGCACACUGGAGAAAAUCUUUACAAGUGUGAAAUUUGUUUUAAGCAGUUUAGUCGAGCAGAACAUUUGAAAGAUCAUAUAAAAUGGCACACUGGUGAAAAACCUUACAAGUGUGAAAUUUGUUUUAAGCAGUUUAGUCGAGCAAGUAGUUUAAAAAGACAUUUGAGAGUGCACACUGGAGAAAAGCCUUACAAGUGUGAAAUUUGUUUUAAGCAAUUUAGUCAAGAUAAAGAAUUGAAAGAUCAUUUACGGAUACACACUGGUGAAAAGCCUUACAAGUGUAAAAUUUGUUUUAAGAGGUUUUCUCAAAAGAGUAAUCUGAAUAGACAUUCGAGAGUGCAUACUGGAGAAAAUCUUUACAAGUGUGAAAUUUGUUUUAAGCAGUUUAGUCGAGCAGAACAUUUGAAAGAUCAUAUAAAAUGGCACAGUGGUGAAAAACCUUACAAGUGUGAAAUUUGUUUUAAGCAGUUUAGUCGAGCACAACAUUUGAAAGACCAUAUAAAAUGGCACACUGGUGAAAAACCUCAUAAGUGCGAAAUUUGUUUUAAGCAAUUUAGUCAAGCGAGUAGUUUAAAAAGACAUUUGAGAGUGCACACUGGAGAAAAUCCUUACAAGUGUGAAAUUUGUUUUAAGCAAUUUAGUCAAGAUAAAGAAUUGAAAGAUCAUUUACGGAUACACACUGGUGAAAAGCCUUACAAGUGUAAAAUUUGUUUUAAGAGGUUUUCUCAAAAAAGUAAUCUGAAUACACAUUCGAGAUUGCACACUGGAGAAUUACAAGUGUGAAAUUUGUUUUAAGCACUUUAGUCGAGCAGAACAUUUGAAAGAUCAUAUAAAAUGGCACACUGGUGAAAAACCUUACAAGUGUGAAAUUUGUUUUAAGCAGUUUAGUCAAGAUAAAGAAUUGAAAGAUCAUUUACGGAUACACACUGGUGAAAAGCCUUACAAGUGUAAAAUUUGUUUUAAGAGGUUUUCUCAAAAGAGUAAUCUGAAUAGACAUUCGAGAGUGCAUACUGGAGAAAAACUCCAUAAGUGCCAAAUUUGUUUUAAGCAGCUUAUAGUAUAGUAUAGUUGAUCCAAAAGAUGGCAUAACCCAGACAUCCAAAGUGAAAGUUAUCCUUCAACACCAAAUUGUUCUAUAUGGUCCACACAAUGUCCAGAAAAAAGUCACACCAUUUUGAACGUCGUGUUUGGGGGGAGAGGGGGGAGAAAUCGGUAAAUUCGUAGUUUUUGAAGUUUUUCGCCAAUAUUUCUAAAACUAUGCUGUUUAGCAUGAACAACCCUUUAUACAAAAUUGUUCUACAUUAAAUUUGAAAUAAAAAAGGCCCAAUGCAUAAUCUUUCUAAAAUGAAUGGUUCCAAAGUUACGGAGGUAGUAUAUUAUAACUGGUCCAAAAAGGCCUAACCAAAACAUCCAAAGUAAAAGUUUUCCUCCAACACCAAAAUGUUCUAUAUGGUCCACAUAUUGUUCAGUAAAAAGUUACACCAUUUUGAGCGUCCGGUUUGGGAGGGAGAUGGGAGAGAAGCCGGUAAAUUAGUAGUUUUUUUACGUUUUUCGACAAUAUUUCUAAAACUAUGCUUUAUCGUAAACAAUGUUAUAUAAAAAAAUGUUCUACAUUAAAUUUAAAACAAAAUAUGUUCUAUACAUAAUUGUUAUAAAAUCAACGGUUCCAGAGUUACAGAGGGUGAAAAGUCGAAGUUUUCGAUACUUUUUAUAUUUUUGGACAAUAUUUAUGAUAUAACUAUACCAAAAACCCAGACAUCCAAAGUGAAAGAUAUCCUCCAACACCAAAUUGUUCUAUAUGGUCCACAUAAUGUUCAGAAAAAAGUCACACCAUUUUGAGCGUCGGAGGAGAGGGGGGGAGAGGGGAGAGAAAUCGGUAAAUAUAAAAAGUAUCGAAAACCUCCACUUUUCACCAUCCGUAACUCUGGAACCGUUGAUUUUAUAACAAUUAUGUAUACAACCUUUUUUGUUUUAAAUUUUAUGUGGAUAAUUUCUCUAUAGAGCAUUCCUUACGCUAAAGCAUAGUUUUAGAAAUAUUGACGAAAAACUUAAAAAAACUACUAAUUUACCGACUUCUCCCCCAUCUCCCCCCCAAACCGGACGCUCAAAAUGGUGUAACUUUUUACUGAACAAUAUGUGGACCAUAUAGAACAAUUUGGUGUUGAAGGAAAACUUUUACUUUGGAUGUCUGGGUUAGGCCAUUUUUUGGACCAAUUAUACUAUACUACCUCCGUAACUUUGGAACCGUCCAUUUUAGAAGGGUUAUGCAUAGGACUUUUUUAUUUCAAAUUUAAUGUAGAACAAUUUUGUGUAGAGGGUUGUUCAUGCUAAACCGCUUAGUUUUAGAAAUAUUGACGAAAAACCUAAAAAACUACGAAUUUGCAGAUUUCUUUCCCCUCUCCCCCCCCCAAACCCGACGCUCAAAAUGGUGUGACUUUUUUCUGAACAUUAUGUGGACCAUAUAGAACAAUUUGGUGUUGGAGGAUAACUUUCACUUUGGAUGUCUGGGUUUGGGUCUAACUAUACCAUACUAUUACCCACGCACACAAUUUAAAAGUACAUAUGCAAACGCACAAUGGAGAAAAACCUCACAAGUGUGAAAUUUGUUUUAAGAGGUUUUCUCAAAAAAUUCAUCUGAAUGAACAUUAUUUGAGAUCCCACACAAGAGAAAAAAGUGCGAAAUCUGUUUAAAGGAGUUUUCUCGAAAAGGUGAUUUGAAAGCACAUUUAAUAUUGCACACUGGAGAAAAACCUCACAAGUGUGAAAUUUGUUUAAAGGAGUUUACUAGAGCAUCUGGUUUGAAGAUACAUAUGCGACUGCACAAUGAAGAAAAUCUUCAGGCCAUUAAUUAAUGGCAUAGAACCAAUUUUAUUAUGCAAAUUGUGCAUAAAAAUGUAUUUUGUUAUAAAUAAUGAUUUUUGAGGUACAUAUAGUGUUUAUAUAUUUUUUUUAUUUUAAAAUCCAUGUUCAUUUGUUGUGUUAAUUUGUGUCAGUGAUUAUUUUUGUGUUAUUUCAAAAAAUGGAAGAAAGUAAUAAAAAAAGAGAAUUGUUAACUUUACGUCAAGAAAAACGUAGAUAUGUUGAGAUAGUAAUGUUGCUUUUUUAGCUUAUAACAAUAAAAAUUUUAUAUCAAA